AUGGCUGCUGUAGAAAGGAAAGAUGUAGUUAUCCUCCAUCAGUUGAAGAGAGGCAAAAUCACGCCAUGUAUCUCUCCAUUUGCUCUCAAAUUAGAAACUUACCUCCGCAUGGCCGGCAUUCCGUACCAGAAUGAUUUUGAAGAGCCAAUGGGACCCAAAGGUAAAACACCUUGGAUUACAUUGAACGGAAAGAAGAUGGGCGACUCUCAGCUGUGCAUUGAAUUGCUAUCCGAAACGUUUCACAAGGACUUGAGCCCUCAUUUAUCAAUUGAAGACAAGGCGAUCGCGAGAGCGUUUCAAAUCAUGGCGGAAGACCAUCUUUAUUGGGUCAUGUUGGUGUGGCGAUGGAUUUACAAUGGAGGCAGUUCUUUACCUCUCAUUCAAACUGAUUUGCAUUUCGCUGUUCGUUAUUUACGACCCAUCGUAGUGAGCAGAGUGAGAUCUCAAGUUUCAGCUCAAGGCAUUGGCCGUCAUAGCCAAUCGGAAGUGAUGGAAAUGGGGUUGAAGGAUCUGCGGGCCAUUUCUAAUUAUCUAGGGACGAAGCCAUUUUUGAUGGGGGACCAACCGAUUGAAGUCGAUUGCGCCAUAUUUGGAAUGUUAGCCCAAAUCUUGUGGAACAGUCCGGGCUGCCCUUACGAGCCCCUUUUCAUCGGUGAAUUGAUUAAUUUAAAAGGAUAUUGCGAACGAAUGAAGGAAAUGUUUUGGCCUGAUUGGAAUCAAUGUCUAAUCCCUGCUAAUCCCUUGGUAUAA